GAUAUUUCAGCGGGGACAUGACUCGAAUUAUUAAUACCUAUACGUUCGGGAGUUGUUUAGUCGUGUUACAAUGAAAUAAGAGUAUACAAUUCUAGAUGAUCAAUUAGCAUUGGGAAAUAGUAAAAAAUUCGUCAUGCAAAGUGAGACAGAGGGGAGCGCAAGUCGGAAAGCGCUUAGGACUCCAAAGUGCGCUCGGUGUCGAAACCAUGGUGUGAUCUCCUGUUUGAAGGGUCACAAACGUUUGUGCCGGUGGCGCGACUGCCGAUGCCCUGGGUGCUUGUUGGUGCUCGAGAGACAACGCGUCAUGGCUGCUCAGGUUGCAUUGAGGAGGCAACAAGGUGCUGGUGGUUCUGAAACACGGAAUGGCGGCGAGAUGGCGGCGUUAGCAGCACGCAAACGUGCCUACCGCGCCCGCUUGCGUUGCAUGCAGAUGGCCAAGACGUAUCCACCACAGCCACCUUCCUAUGGGAAUAUCAGACUGCUACACAGCGACUCAGCAUGGAGUGAACGUGUACGACGAAGAAAAGCAUUUGCCGAUGCAGAACUGGAGCGCGGUGCUGCGCCGGCGGCGGUAGCCCUGCCCGCCGCGGCCUCCGCGACCGCCGCGACUCCAGCCGCCGCGUUCUGUAGGCACCUGCUCGCCGCGCUCCUCACUAACUACGCGCCGUUAUCACCACCACCACAAAGGCAGAAACUUUCCUUCUCUAUUGAAUCUAUUAUAGGUGUGCAGUAAUUCGAAAGUAGGUGUAGAUGAAGUAAAAAAAUUAAUUCAUAGGAUGGAGAAUAAAUAUACUGCAUCAACUUUU